UCUGUACGAAACGGAACUCACGUCUCUUGUCGUACCGUUUUGUGUAAUCAGUUUUAAAGAUUUAAAGUACUACCAGAGAAGUCUUUAUGCUGAUAUUAGGAAUGGCUGUUGCUGAUCCCUGCACUUUAGUGAUCAUAACUUAUAGGCAAUUGCCUACUCAGACCUAUUGCUACUCAGGGAAAGUGAUAUAAAAGCUGAUCCGAGAGAAGAUCGUCUUCGGGACAAUGUUUAUUUCGGUUCUCUUUCAAUAGACACUCUGUUUUGACGAUAUUCUGUUACAUUCCUGGACACUGGUUGAAUUCGACGAAACUAACAAGUGUACGUGCGUGUGUGUGUGUGUGCAUGUUCAAACAGAAAAAUGUUCUGGCAAAUCGGUAAAGUGGGUGCAUUGCAGAUCCUAACGCUUGCCUCAGUACAUCUCAUUAGAUACGCAGGAUGUAUAGCUGAUCAUGAUAUAGAGAUUCCAGGACAACAGCCUAUCAAAUCAUACCGCACUAAAGCCUGUUCCGGUUAUUGUGUGAUGUAUCACCAAUGCCAAGACAACGAGAUCAUCCCCGCCGGUACCGGCAAGAUCUUCCCACCUGCUCACAAAGAGCCCGAAUGUCCACAUCCAUGGCUUGUGUGCUGUAAAAAACGCCCCGAUCCAAACAGACCUCCAACGAGCACGAUCGAGCCACCCUUGCCGGUGACUGGUGAAGUGUCAAAUCGAUCAACCUGUGGCUUCCGUAGCAGGAAAAACUUGUUCCCAUGGGCGGUGAUCAUUUACCGGGAGGAGCGAGACUUCCCGGAAAAUAAACUGUUCUACAAGUGUGGUGGUUCCUUGAUCGCACCGAAGUUUGUCCUCACGGUGGCCCUUUGCGUGCAUGACAAGCAGCAGGAGCAACUCGUGGUACGCGCGGGCGAAUGGGCUGCACAGAGUACGCUCUACAGCUAUCAGGACCGCAGGGUGGCCCAGCUCAUCACACGUACGUGGAUUACGUUCCGCCCAUUGGUAAACGAUCUUAUCCUGGUCUACCUCUCCGAACCGUUCCAGCUGGCGGACAACGUACAACCGAUCUGUUUCCCGCCGAAAGGAACACACUUAGAUCGGUACGAUUGUUUCACGGUCGGUUGGGGCAGCGUGCCAACCCGCGGCGUACCCUGGUAUGAGGCGAAUUUGACAAGGGUACAGGUACCAGUUAAGCCGCACGAUAUCUGUCAGCAUCUGUUGCCUCCGAUGCGACCUGUACAGCCGUUCCUGUGCGCUGGUGGCUUUGUCGGACGGGAUAUGUGUCUCGGUAACUCGACCGGCUUUCCGCUAGCGUGUCCCAUUCCCGGCUCGCCACACCACUACUAUCAGGCGGGCAUAGUCGCGUGGUCCAACCGGUGUGAUGAUAAUGGCACUCCCGGUAUAUACCUCGAUAUGGCGCACUACCGUGAGUGGAUUGAGCGGUGGUUAGUACGACGUACUAUUCUAGAAACGAACAGUAUUGUUGUAUGUUCUUUCGGUGUAGCGCCAAGCAGCAAGCCAGGAACAUGAUGAGUACGCAAUUAAUUAUCUUAUUGCACGGGGCCCUACAUACAACACGUGUUUUGGCGAUCGCGCUGGCUUAGUUCAAAUCUAACGCACUAUUGCACGCGUCCAUAAGAAACGCAGCACUUUUUAACGAUGUUUAUGAGUGAACAAAUGUGGAGAAUACAGAUUAUAGCCUGGUUAGCACAGAACUGCGUUAAUCAUCUCGAGCGAUAGCUUAAAAAUGUUAAUCUUUGCCAUUCAAAGGAGAGUAUAAUAAUAAUAAUAAUAAUAAUAAUAAUAAUAAUAAUAAUAAUAAUAAUAAAAAUAACAAGAACUAAAAGUGAGAAGGUAAAAAAAAAUAACGAUCAGAAAAAUUCAAACUCUGGUAGCUGUUGUUCAAGUCUUAUUUGUAAUAUUGUGUGUCUGCCCGUCGAACGAGAUCAAGAACAAAAGCAGUACUGGUUCUGAAACUGACCCCGAACCCAUCCCGAUUGUAGAACUGAUCUUGAACAAAGACAGACCCUAGCACUAAUCCUGAACUUAUUCUGGGAUUUGAUGCCGAAUCCAUAACGGUUCUGUAACUGAUCUCGAACCUAUACCUUUUCUGGAUCCUCAUCUCAUACCCAUCCUGGACCUAAAACUGAAACUAAUCCCGAAACAAAAAUAUACAAAAAAUAAAACCAUCUUAUAAACCUGCAACUAUAAGCUGCAAUUUAAUGUACCGUAACACACAUUACGUUUCCAAGCAAAUCGUUGUUGCGACUCAAGCUGAAAACGAAUGCCUCGCCACAGAAAAUAUCUCUAACACGACCAAAGGGAAUAUUGAUACGCAAAAAGCUUGUUACCGGUUUCCGAUGGACAUCUCGUGCGAAACCAGUUACGAAAAAGCCGUCAAAGUGGAUAAUGCAUUCAUCGGCAUCUUUAGCACUAUAAAAGCAUCGUGACGGAAGUAACAAUGCUCAAUUCUGGCCCGCUACUGAGUCGUAUCGUAGGCGUGGAAUCUAUUCAGAGUCUAACGUAAAGCGUGGCCCGUGAAAAGCGCAAUUCUAAUAAGAAAAACAGCAUUUGCACAUAACUUUGGUGUGUAACAGUGCAUUACACGCGAAGAUGUUCCUGCGAAGCAUUCUAGCGCUAGUGAUGGUAACACUGCUAGCCGUAGUGGUUGUCCAGUCACAUGCAAAGGAAUGUCCCUUUAAAUGUGUGCCGUACUACAUGUGCAAUGAUGCUGCACCAAGACCAGAUCGGAGCGAUGAGGGCAGCACUGAAAUCACCGUAGAUGACAAUGCAGAGGUCUACCACUGUGCAGGAUAUCUGGAUAUUUGUUGCGUGAAAAUUGGUCCCGAACUUCCUAUCGAGGAAGUGUAUGAAUAGUUGAUGCGAAUUGCAACUAAAGUAGCAACGAUCCCGGCAUUUCACUUAUAUAUAUAUUUUCACUAAUGUUUCCUUAAAUUGCGCUGAAUCUGUAUGGACCAUACCAUUCCAUUGAGAAACAAGAACAAAAAAUAAAAUGUGAAGAAUUCCAGAUUUUCGGCCGAUCAUCUCAAUAUAAUUAGAUCAUCGGCAAAUAUCUCUAACACGAUCGAUAGGGAUACGGAUACGCAGAAAGUUAAUUAAUGCUAAUUAUGCAUUCUUUCGCAUCUUUAGCGAUAUAAAAGCUUCGCGACUAAAGUCACGAUACUCAAUCCUGCCUCACCACUGAUCCGCACGCGGACGCGUGGAAUUCGUGAAAAGUGUAUUUCAAAUAGGAAAAACAGGAUUUACUCACAAGUUUGGUGUGCAGCAGUGAAUAAACACGCGAAGAUGCUCCGGCGAAACAUUCUACCGCUAGCGUUGAUAACAAUGCUGGCGCUACUAGUGGUUGUGGAAGUGCAAGGAAAGAAAUGUCACGGUGAAUGUGUGCCGUACUACAGGUGCCUCGAUGCUGUACCACAAUCAGACGAUGAGAGCACUGUUGACAUCACCGUAGAUUUCGCAGCAGAUGAUGACUACGACUGUCCGGAAAUUCUGGAUAUUUGUUGCGAGAACAUUAGUCCCGAACCUCCUACCGAUAAACUUGAUAACUUACUAAAAGAACUGUGGUUAACUGAAUCCUCUUAAAAGUGAAAAAGCUAAGUAAGUGCAUUACAUAUCACAUGAAAUUAAAAUGCUAUCUACAGAUAGUGUCUUCCUCCAAGUUAAUAAAAUUAUGUUACGAUCGGAAUUCAAUAGUUUAAUUAUUUAUAGUUGAUAUUCUUUUCGGGGAUAUGUUCGAUGAUUUCCACUAAAAAUUACGCUUUUAUGUAUGGGAAACCGGUUUAAAAAAAAAAAACUCAUGGAAUGGUUCCAAAAUAAACGUGACAACUA